UGUCCAAAAAUUCGGGCGCUCGAGUGAACGAGAAUGAUAAGCAAUUCGCUUUGGUAGUGGAUAAUGUAGGUCGGAUACAGUUUGUUUUGGUGUACUGUUGUAUUUAAGUUGUGAAUUAAUGCUUAGUGGCCGGAUUUGGCCUAGUGAUCAGUGAUAGAUACAUCGGAUAUUGGUUGAGUUACAUACAGUGACAGAAAAGUACUGUAAACAUUUGAUCUGUGACUGGCCGAGUGGUUUUUUAUAUUGGUUUUGUCGCGAUGGCCGAGGCUGCAGCAGUUACCAGCACCAACCCAAAUGCUGAAAUCGUCAGGGGUCAGGUGUUUGAGGUCGGCCCCAGAUACAAAAGCCUGCAAUACAUCGGCGAGGGAGCUUAUGGCAUGGUUGUGUCCGCUGUCGACAGUAUAAAGUUAGCAAAAGUCGCCAUAAAGAAAAUAUCCCCGUUUGAACACCAAACAUACUGCCAGAGGACACUAAGAGAAAUCAAAAUUCUCACCCGAUUUAAACAUGAAAACAUUAUCGAUAUUAGAGACAUAUUAAGAGCAGAGACCAUUGACCAGAUGAAGGAUGUCUACAUCGUACAAUGUCUAAUGGAGACGGAUCUUUACAAAUUAUUGAAAACACAGAAAUUAAGUAACGACCACAUCUGCUACUUCCUAUACCAAAUUCUGCGGGGGCUCAAAUACAUUCACUCGGCGAACGUGCUGCAUCGGGACCUCAAACCCUCAAACUUAUUGCUGAACACGACCUGUGAUUUAAAGAUUUGUGAUUUCGGACUGGCGCGAGUGGCAGAUCCUGAGCACGACCAUACGGGCUUCCUGACGGAGUAUGUCGCCACACGUUGGUAUCGCGCACCAGAAAUUAUGCUCAACUCUAAGGGCUACACGAAGUCAAUAGACAUCUGGUCGGUGGGCUGUAUCCUGGCGGAGAUGCUGUCGAACCGGCCGAUCUUCCCAGGGAAGCACUACCUCGAUCAACUGAACCACAUCCUAGGAGUGCUGGGCUCACCAAGUAAAGAUGAUUUGGACUGUAUCAUCAAUGAAAAGGCUCGCAGUUACCUUGAGUCACUGCCGUACAAGCCACGAGUUCCGUGGACGGAUCUAUUCCCAGGCGCUGACCCUCGUGCACUCGACCUGCUGCACCGCAUGUUGACCUUCAAUCCUCACAAGCGUAUUACCGUCGAGGAGGCUUUGGCGCACCCAUACCUCGAGCAGUACUACGACCCCAAUGAUGAGCCCGUGGCCGAGGAGCCCUUCCGUUUCUCAAUGGAGCUAGACAAUUUGCCGAAGGAGGCACUUAAACAGAUGAUAUUCGAGGAGACACUUCUGUUCAAACAGCUGAACGAAGACGCGUAGAUCUUUUCACUAAGAGCCCUAAGCAUUUACGGGGGCGAAACGUGCAAACUCUACUUAAAGUAACAAAUAUAAUACUACAAUAUAGAUAGUUUGCUAUUUAAAUCCUCAGACUAACGGGAAAAGAAAGAUGGUAAAUGAGGCGUUACAUUAUUAAUUUGGAAAGGAGAUAUUACAAUUUCAAACAUUAAUUACAUAAUACAACUUCGUUAGGGGUUUCGCAAUAGUUUUAUGAAAGAACGACAAUGGUUUUACGAUGUUCUAAGGGCACAGAACUCUCUAAAAGGAUACUGAUGUGCGGUCAGAUUUAUUCAAUAAUUAACUACAGUUACAGAGAAACAUGCAAAACAAUUUGCAGUAUGUGAGCUUGGCAGCGCCAGUUGUAUCGUAGAGAAACUUUUUCUGCUUUUUCAGUUGCGUUUGACGCGUUUCAUACAGUUUGAUAGUGUACAGUGCCGCACACACUUGCUGCAUCAUUUGGUGUGAAUUGCUCUUCAUCAAUACACACACCCCACGCCCCCACAAUUCCUUUCGUUCUAAUGGAUAAUUUGUCUGUGAUUUUUUCGUCUAUCUUUUUCCUUGAGUUUGUGUUUUAAUUCGGGUAAGUGAUAAGUUUCCGAAAAUGACUUAUAAAUUUAUUACAGGUUUCUUAUAUGCACCUCAACGCUGUACUGCGUUUAUUUCUAUAUAAGAUAUCUUAUCAGAUAGCGAUUAGCAGAAAUUCAAUAGCCGCAACGCUUACUCUGUUUGCGUUCGGUAAAUAGUGAGUCAUCAAUAAUGUAUUUCAAGUAUUUAGCAGCUAAGCGUACUUUAGUUCGCUUUAUUUCUUAAACACAUAUUCUUACAAGUACUUUCAAAAAGACAGAUAGCGUUGUAUGAUUUUCAAAUUCUUACUUUUUUUUUGUUAAAGUUUCACAUCUACCCAGGUGUUCACAUUUUCUUAGAAACUUUUUUUUUUGAAAAUAGUUGUUUUUUUUUUGUCUUUAAGAAAUGACUUCUGCUUUCGAUGACAUACUGUUUUUUAAAAGGUAAUUAUAUUAUUCUUAAAAUGAUUUUUGUUAGAAUCAAAAGAGUUUGCAUAGUUUGUAACUUUUUUUCAUGUGAAAUGUAAUGAAGCGAUAUGACCCCACCAUAAAUAUGGUUGACCAUGGCGAAUGGUGAACCUGGUAUUGUAUUUCUUUAUAUGAGUAUUGCGGAAUGCGAUUAAGGUCCACCGCAGACAGUAUCGUUUUGAUCGGCCGAUAUUUUUGUCAAUUUCUGCACCAAUUAAGCCGUCCGUUGUUCUGCUGCAGGUCACAUUGAUGCUCAAUGAGAACAAAAAAAAUAUAAAAACAUUUUUAUUUUUUGGUAUUUUAAACAUCUAAAAACACAAAAAAGUUCCUAACUUUUAAUGAAAGUAACGUAAUCAGCUAUCGCUAAUCAGCGUUUAUCAGCUAGACACAAUCCGGAAAAAAAACUGCAGGUCCCGACGGCAUAUCCUCUGAUUGUCGGACUAGCCAAGAAAUAUUCAAUUCGAAUACAUUUUUAUGCUCACAUUUCGAAUUACCCUUUUUAAUGAAUUAACAGUUCAUCUUCCUCUUAGUCUUCCCAUACUCAAAAAGCACAGAAGCGAAUAUAUACAAAGUGUUCUGUAAAGCAACUGACCUAAACUAGCUAUCGACCGAUCAAAAGUUCGUAUUCUGCGGGGCAUCUGAUAGACGAGUAUUUCGGUAUUAUAAAUAAUUUAAUUUUUUAUCUUAAAGAGGAUUAUAAGAUAAAAGGAUUGCUUAAGUUUGGGAAUCUUAUGUAAAAAAAUUGAAUAGCGCUGCCUAAAGCGAUAAGUCUACUUUACAAUAGGUAUACCUAUUGUUAUUUUCCCAUUUUGAGUAUUUUGUAACUUACAACGACUUCUUUUAGAAUUUAGGUAAUUUUGAAUUCAAUUUUAUUAUUUUUUCUUUAUCAAAAUGAUAACUUAUAUAAAGGAGAAGUGGGUAGGGAUUGGCACUGGUAUCAAUAAAAGUGUCGAUACUUAAAUUACUAUACAAACGAUAAUAUCGAUACUGUUAAGUGUUAAAUAUUUCUAGUAAUAUCUCGAACAUACAGUUGCUUUGGUGAAGAGAUACAUCCUUAAUACCUCCAGCAGGAAUAGCGCGGGCAAGGGACAAAAAUUAUAUCCCCCGAUUAUAUCACCUGACAAGGGAUAUAAUUA